CAAAUUUUUUCCUUGAUUUUGAAACAGUCUUCAGCAGCUUUCAAAAUUAUAAAUGUGACCUUUGUGAUGAUCUGAAAAGCAGUGGCCACUUCUACUCAAUGCCUAAGCAAUGUGGUGCUCCUAUAUGUUGUUUUGUUGUUUGUUUUUUGUUUUUAAAAAGGAGUGACCAGCUUUUUUUUAUCCAUGCUCAUUCUUGAUGGUUCUCAAAAUAGCUAAACUGUUGCAAGGUCUAUAUACAGGCAUAUUUGCUAAUAAUGCCCACUCUAUCCAUUAAACUAUAAAAAUAAGAAAUAUUAUGCAAAUAUUACAGCAAAAUCCAGACAGGCAAUGCAUGUGAAACUUAUUUUCACCUAAUACAAAUUUCUUUUUCUAAUGUUUUUUCUAGUGUGUAACACUAGAAUAUUGUGUUUCACUUUUUUCUUUUUAAUGUAAGUAUCUACCUAACUUCCAUCACUGUUAGUAGGAGUUAUACAUAUGGAUCAUGGGAAAAGCACUUUAAAAAGACAUUUUCCAAACUCUAAGCUGCACAAAAUAAUGAGGAUAUAUUGUCUGUAGGUAGCUUUUGUUUGUCCCUAUAAAAAAGAAUCUAUUGUUAAUACCCUGACUUUUGGCAUUAGAAAUCCUGGAUUGAAAUAUUCUGAUAUUUAUUUCAUAAUAUAUUUUUUCCCAUUUAAACAGAGACGUGAUUUUUUUUUUUCUUUCUGUCAGAGUAACAAUUUUUUUAAUGUAUCAGUCGAAGAGGAACUAGCCUUGUGUCCAUCAGAAUUUUAAAAGAAAAAUUUAUCUCAUAUCAGUUAAACCAGAUACAAGAUAUUUGUACUAAGUGAUUAUUUGUAAAGGUUAAAGCUUUUGUUUGACUUUUUUCUCAAGACAUACUUCUUAUUGAAUGACAUUUAUUUAAACCUACAUGUAUAGCUUUUUCUAAACAAUGAUGAAAUACACUUUUGGAAAGUCUUUAGCUCAUUACUGAAAAAGUGGGACACUAUCCUUAAAGAAGGGGAAAGGGAAAAAACAAACAAGUUGCAACUAAAUCUUUUCUCAACUUUGAUUUUGCAAUUAGUGCAAUAAAGAAUAUGUUUUGGGAACUAAAUAUAUUUAGAAGUAAAAGAAAAGUUUCCCUUACCAACCAGUACAAGAGGAGACAGUGAAGAUGGAAAAUGGUUUCUAGAUAACAAUAGACAAAAACAGCUCCUGUAGUACCUGAAGUGAGUGUGUCUUUUGAGUGCUUAACUAAGUAUCUUCCAUUGAUCUUUUACUGCACUCUAAGGUGAGAUUGAUACAAUAGUCAUAAAGAUGACAAGAUUUCUUCUCUUAACUCAAUUUUAAAUAAGUCAGGAAGGAUAGAUUCCAGGUGAAGUUUUGAGAUGCUAACUGAAGCUAAAAGACUACUAAAAUGAAUGUGAGUACAUUCUUGCAGUCCUUCAUACUGUGGUAGCUCUUCAGAGAAUGAAAAUUCUUGAUGAGUUGCUGCAUGAAGAAUUUGUCCCCUAGGUGAUGGUGUGCCUGUUGAAUUCUAUAUUGUUGUUAAAAAUAUAUAUAUUUAAUAUGUUCUACUGUUUAGAUGCCCAACCUACAGAAUCUGAAAAGGAAAUUUAUAAUCAGGUGAAUGUAGUGUUAAAGGAUGCAGAAGGAAUACUGGAAGACUUGCAGUCAUAUAGAGGAGCGGGCCAUGAAAUACGAGAGGCAAUACAGCAUCCCAAUGAUGAGAAGCUGCAAGAGAAGGCAUGGGGUGCAGUUGUUCCUCUAGUAGGCAAACUAAAGAAAUUCUAUGAAUUUUCUCAAAGACUAGAGGCAGGAUUACGAGGUCUGUUGGGAGCCCUGACGAGCACUCCGUACUCACCAACACAGCACCUGGAGCGAGAGCAGGCUCUUGCUAAGCAGUUUGCAGAAAUUCUUCACUUUACACUCCGUUUUGAUGAGCUCAAGAUGACAAAUCCUGCCAUACAGAAUGACUUCAGCUACUAUAGAAGAACUCUGAGCCGUAUGAGGAUUAACAAUGUCCCAGCAGAGGGAGAAAAUGAAGUAAAUAACGAGUUGGCAAACAGAAUGUCGUUAUUUUAUGCUGAAGCAACGCCGAUGUUGAAAACUUUAAGUGAUGCUACAACAAAGUUUGUGUCAGAGAAUAAAAAUUUACCGAUAGAGAAUACUACAGAUUGCUUAAGCACCAUGGCCAGUGUGUGCAGGGUCAUGCUGGAAACCCCUGAAUAUAGAAGCAGGUUUACAAAUGAGGAAACGGUAUCAUUCUGUCUGAGAGUAAUGGUGGGUGUCAUCAUACUCUAUGACCACGUGCAUCCGGUGGGCGCUUUUGCCAAGACUUCCAAAAUUGAUAUGAAAGGAUGCAUCAAAGUUCUUAAAGACCAGCCUCCUAACAGUGUAGAAGGCCUUCUAAAUGCUCUCAGGUACACAACAAAGCAUUUGAAUGAUGAGACUACCUCCAAGCAAAUUAAAUCCAUGUUGCAAUAACAGUUACCUGGAAUUCGCACCUGCUGUAGACAGACAGUAUUCUGCAAUGACUGAGAUGCACAGAUUUUUUUUUUUAGUGAUUGCAACUACUAUCUCGUUCAUUCUUGCUUUUUAUUUUCUCUCUUCCUGUUUACCUUUUUUUUUUUAAUCACUUUCUUGUUCUUAAGUAAGCUCAGACUUCUUUUCUGUGCCAAAUCAAUGAAAAUUAUCAAUUCUGGAAAGUAUUUGUACUUUUCAGAAUAGCCAUCCUAAGUGGCAGCUAAUUAUGCGUUGCAUUUGGAUUUCUCUGUACUGGGGAAAGAUUUGUGACUUGAACUAAAUAUUUUUAAACUUGUGGUUUUUUUCUUUUUUGAAAAACUAAUAUUUAAUAUUGCUUCUUCUGCAUGGCAAGACUGCCUACUUCUGCUAUUUAAAAAUCCCCUGAUGACUUCAUUUUCUAUUGCAGCUUAUUUUCAUGUGCAACCAUGAGGAAACUAAAAGCAGAUUUGUUUAAAUUAACUGUGUUUGUACAAAAUGGUACCCAACACAAAGGUUUUUUUAAAUGAGUAAAAACUGUUUUGUUUAAAAGUUACGUUUGCAUUUUGACUCAUUUUUGUAAGGAUGUAUGUUGUAUGUUUAACCUUUAAUAACUAACGUUAAACCGUGGUGUGUGCGUAGCAAAAUUACGUAUGCAUGUUCAUGUCAAAUGAUUGGCUGUGGAUAAGAUAAUAAAAUCAGCUUUCAUUUUUCUAA